CUACGAAAUGAACGAGUAUGUAUGACUGUAUCGUUUGUCUGUAUAUUCUAUAUUUUAUUUUAUUCCAUUUUAUUCUAUUUCAUUCAACAUCCUUAGCAAUGCAACAAGUGUAUAUAUGUUCCCAGUUUCAGAGAAGUGGAUUUGUUUCCUUUCAAUCGUCUCCGUGUUACGAAAUCAUCAAUCGACUCAUUGAAGCCUAAAUUAAACAUCACAAAGUAAACAAAGAACAAAUGUGUAAAUCAUACCCGCUAAGUGAAGCUAGCACGCCUUCGAACAUUGUAUUUUCGAAUGUGCAUAUUUAUUGCGAAACGGAAGUGCCUAAAGCAAUCGAAUAUAAUCGUUGAAUGAAAUUGAAAGUUACGAGCCAUUCGAGAUAUCAGUCUGCAAGGUCGCAAAAGGGCACGAUAAGGGAACGAUAAACAAACAUCUUUGCAUAGUAAGACAAAUCUCCAAUUCCUCGAAACUUUCAACUUCCGUGCUUUUCUUUAAACCGGACGACGUCGGAUGACGUCAAUGCAUACGGAAAAUGUCGGAAACGAACGAACAGAGGCGGAAACGAACGAGGAUGUACGAACAGUGUCAAUCGAGCAACGUUCAGGUAUCUAAUCUUGUGCCUCGUGUUGUUCCUACGCAGACGUUGCAUUGUGCUUGAUGUACUGUCGAAAUAUCUGUUCGAAUUCGUUAUUCGCGUUUUAGCAGCGUAUACUUUGUUCGCAGAUACAGUUUCAACGUAUUUUUCAAGAAAUCAUGGAAAACAAUUGAGACAGGAAAGCGUGACUAUCAACGUUGAGUUUUGAAACUAAAUUGUCAAGCGUAAUUGCAUGUUGAUUUAAGUUAAAUGUACAAGAGUGUAAACAGACUGUUUCAUGACGAGUUAAGCCAAUCGUAGGUUAGUUGCCGAGUGUCUUUUGAACGGGAUGUACGUAACACCACGGAAAGAGGUGCCCUCCCUCUUGUAGUGACACUUGGGUGAAAUCUUUUUGUGCCCGCGCGGUAUCGUUCGAUCGGUGAUUGGACGUUGGAAAAUGCGACAACGACGCAACGACGAAUCACGGCGAGGUAUCUUCUACGCAGUAGGAUGAAAGCAACGGUGUGUACUAAACGUUUGAAGAACGUCGCGCGAGGGAUGUGAAAAGUGUUUUUUUCACAACCUGUGACUAACUGGCCCGUUUUUUUUCCCUCCCCGUCUCGUUACGUCUCGUCGGAUGCGUCGGGCGCUCAGCUGUGGCACGGGUAUGCGACGGCGGAAGAUGUUUUGGUAGUAGAGAGAUUCCGUGCACGAGAUUUCCCAACCGAGACACGAGCUGUCAUCCGUUCGAAGGCCGAGACACGGGCUUCGUUACGUGCAUCGAGGCGGCGAAACAAGGGACUUAUGAUGGGGACAGGCCUCGAAAUAUCCCACGUCAAAGCAAUCGCGAACGUUUAAUCGCGACGUUGGGAUUCAAAAGGAAAAAAAAGACCACGCUGCCCGAGAAACGCAGAGUCAGAGCCGACGUUCCACCAAAAUGGGAAAUUGUUUGAAACGCGCUGGAAGCGGUCAACAGGACAAUACCACUUUGCUGAGUAACAAUUCUGAUCCUCCUACCUUGACUAGCGGUUCUUUGCAAGAAGGCCUUGGACCUCCGAUACCUAACAACGAGGCAGUUACCUUUUCGUACGCGCCAGUUUUCACAAGGGAACUUCACCUUCAACAAAUUGGCAUCGGUGUUAAUCUAGGACCAGGUACCGAAGAAGAACAACAAGUUAGAAUAGCAAAACGCAUUGGACUUAUUCAACAUUUGCCUAUGAGAGAGUACGACGGAACUAAGAAAGGAGAAUGCGUGAUAUGUAUGAUGGAGCUCCAAGUGGGUGAAGAAGUGCGUUAUUUACCCUGUAUGCACACUUAUCAUGCUGUAUGUAUCGACGAUUGGUUGCUGCGUUCCUUGACAUGUCCAUCGUGCAUGGAGCCAGUAGAUGCAGCAUUGAUUAGUUCUUAUCAUCCAACCACUUAACACCAUGGAGGUGGAAAAUGGAAUAGCUAAUCGGGUAAUGUUCUGCACGUGGAUCGAAAAGAAGUAAAGUGUAUUUACGAUCAAAAAGUAAUCGCCAUAGUUGUUAAUUUUCUGCUAAAUCUAACGUAGCUUUUUUUUCUAUGGCUGCAAAAGAUCUCUCUAUUUUACGCACGAGUAAAUGGAGCAAUCGAAAGACAUAAGAUCUUGCUGAAAAUAUUUGAGUUGAACGAAGAGUAGCAUCUAUUUGACUUUGAUGAUUCGGUCAAGUAGUCAUAGACAAUUGUAUGCAUUGUGAAUAUCAUAAGUAAUAUUAUGUACCAGAAAAAAAUAUCGUAUGUAUAUUUUCAAACAUAUUUACGAUGGUUUCAUAUUUCCAAAUACUGAAAACCUAUUUUCGGAACGUAUUUUGUGGCAUAUAAAAUUAAUCUUAUUAUUUUUAAAUAUAACGUCUCUUACUUUGAUGUGACCUGGUCUUAGGAUGUGAAUAAUAUCUCUGAUGAAAAUAGUACAUAUUGUAACUGGAAAAAUUGUAAAGCAAAGGUAUUCUUUGCUUCUUAUCUGUAUUUCGAAUUAUUUUACAUAAAAAAAACGAGCUGUUUGGAUUUUUUGUUUACAGUACUAUCCACUGGAUAUCAUUCAGUAUGUUCUUAUAUGGACAGUUAUAUUACAUUCAAAUUUUUAAAAGCUUAUGUUAAUUAGGCUCUGUUGGCAAAAUUUUUAUACGACAUAGCGAGCAUUAUACAUAUUACCAUAUUGGUGCUUUUGUCAUAAGCAGUGACAAUGCAAUUAUCAACGUCUCGUUCAAUUAAUUAAACACGUUUUAUUUUAACAUUUUAUCACUGACCUUCAUUGCUGUCAGUGAUCAUACAUUGUAGUAGAUACUUACGCAUAAGAAAUUCAGUCUUUAUUUUUAUAAAAAAAUGUUCAUAAAGGAUGUACAUUUUGGGACUUUGUUAAAUAUUAUUAUAAAAUUCAAAAUACAAUUUCAACUAUAAAUGGAAGAACGUAGUUUAUAUAAACUACUUUAAACUUGAUCUAUUCCAGUUCGAUAUAAUCGUAACUUGAGCAAAAGGGUUGCAUGAUUAUUUAAUUUAGAUUCCCACGUGGGCUUAAAGUCCAUAAAUAAAAUUUUCGUGAUGAAAUAAAAAAAAAAAACUGCAACAGUUAUGAUAGUUUUUUCGAUGCAUAAUGUUAAAGAUUCGGUCGAUUUCAUAUAAGAAGUAUAAAUGUAUAUAUUCUUUUAAGAGUACACAUAUGCGUAUAUAUACAUACAUUUCCUACUUGGACAAAAAUAUUUUAAUGUUUCAUGGAAGCUUCAUGUGUAAUGUUAAUGAUUUGUUUGGGAGAAAAGUAAGUGAUGCUGUGAAAUAGUGAUUUAUUGACAAGAUAUAAAUAUACAGAUAGAGAUUGAGUAAUAAUGAUAAUGAUAAUACAAAUAUAAAUAUUUAGUAACAACCGAUGACUUUUUUAACAAUACCUGUCCUUAUUUCAAACGGAUAUUCUAUUUUCAUAAUAAAUCUGGAGUUCAUUCCAAGAGAUUCGGCUAAAAUUAUAGGGAACAAAAAGCUAAUA